AUGCCACGGACACCACCGCCGCCACCACGUAGACCAAUGGUUUUCGCUGAAAUUGUGGGAACGCUCUCAUUUCUACAACCACAAGCAGAUGAUGACAUUUUCGACAGAUUACACUAUUACUACACAACAACUUUCUUAUUACUAACUGCUGUUCUAAUAUCCCUGAAAAUGUUUGGAGGACGACCGAUAGAGUGUUGGCUUCCGGCAGAAUACAAAAGCAGUUGGGAAGAUUAUACAGAAAUGUAUUGCUGGGCAAGAAACACAUAUGUGACUGCUUUCGAGGAUGAUAAUCUACCUGAAGUUGUGAAUAGAGAAUACACAAUGGUAUCAUACUACCAAUGGGUUCCAUUUUUCCUUGUAUACGUGGCAUUCAGUUUCUAUGCUCCAUGCCUAUUAUGGAGGCUGUUUUACGACAAGUCUGGUAUUCGAUUGAAAGAUAUAAUGGCAUUCGCAAAUGACAAAGCGAAUGUGGUUCCUGCUCAACGACAAGCUAAUAUUCGAGGCCUAUCUGCUCACUUGUCAUCAGUUUUCAAACAUAGGUUCCGAAUUGGAGAGAAGCAUCCAUAUCAUCAUAAAGUGUUUAAAAUCUUCAAUGUGAGAUAUUAUGAAUCGUAUUUGACCUAUUUAUACCUGGGAAUCAAAGGAAUGUUUCUGAUGAAUGUGUUGAUGCAGAUGUACUUCAUGAGUCGAUUCCUCGAACUCGACAGUCAUCGAUACUACGGAUACGGAAUCUUAUACGAUUUGAUAAUGGGUCGAGGGUGGAAGGAAUCAUCAAACUUUCCAGUUGUAACCUAUUGUGAUAUGCAGAUAAGAAUAUUGGGACACGUACAGAGGCAUACUGUACAAUGUGUUCUUGUCAUCAAUAUAUUCACAGAAAAAAUAUUUUUUAUCCUCUGGCUUUGGUACACUCUUUUAUCAUUCAUCUCCUUUGGAUCAAUUCUCUCCUGGAUUUUUGGAUCGAUUCCUUUCAAUCAACGUCGUCAGUUUGUUGCGAGAAGACUUGAGUUAGCAGAUGUUAAUUUUGAGAAAAGUAGAUACAAACAUGAGCUUGAUGAGUUUGUUCGAGAUUAUAUCAAAAUCGAUGGAAUUUUCGUUCUGAAAAUGAUAACGAUCCAUUCUGGAAUAUUGAUGUGUACUGAUAUUGUUGAUCAAAUGUGGGAUCAAUAUCUAGAGGAAUCUGGCAACCAAGUGAUUCGAGAAAUUAUAGAUGAAAAGAGUUUUGGAGAUGAUUAUGACAGGUCUGCAUCUGCCGGUGGCUUAUCAAUAGAUCCAGGAAUUCGUCGAAAGACAUCUGUAUUAGUUCCAUUAAUGAGUCGAGAAGAUCUGAAUGUAGAUCAAUCUCCAACAACUCCAACUCCUCAAUUUUUAAGACCUCCGAGUAGUCGAAUGACUGCUAAUGUAUAA